AGACUCUGGGGAAGAAGUGAAGUUAGUAACAUGCAUUAAUGGAACAUGAAUGAGUGCAGAAAGAGAGAGGAAGGGAGGAGCUCAGUGCACCAUGGGAAAUCCCCCGAUAGUCUAGGCCUAUAGCAGCAUAACUAAGGGAUGGUUCAGGACUCACCUGAUCCAGCCCUAACUAUAAGCUUUAUCAAAGAGGAACAUCUUAAGCCUACUCUUGAAUGUGGUGAGGGUGUCUGCCUCCCGAACCACAACUGGAAGCUGGUUCCACAGGAGAGGAGCUUGGUAACUGAAGGCUCUGGCUCCUGUUCUGUAAAGUUAUGACUAUUUAUUUUGUUGGCUGAUAAAUGUACUUAUUUUCACAGCUUUUAUAGAACAUUACCUUCUAUAAACUGAACGCUUUGCAGACUGGUUGAUUGAAAUUGUAAUGCUUUAAUGGUUAAGUUUUAACUGUUAUCUGUGAGCCUUGAUAACCUGCAUACAUUUAUUCUUCAUUCAUUCCACUGAAAGAUUGUGAUAAUGAGAAAUGUUUGCUUUAUGCAAUUAGUGUCACAGACGUUUUCCACUUUCCAUCUAUUUUAGUUACCUGGAAUUUGUUAGAUAUGUUCAAUAUUAUCAGGUAAAAUUAUUUGAAAUGUGUAAUGUUAUGCAUCCUGAUAAAUUAAGGGUUAAAUAGGAAAUGUUGUUCGGGUCAAUUUAAUUUUUUUUUUUUUUAAAUCUGUUUUCUCCCCUCUUUCUCUCCAUCACUCUCACUUCUCUUCUUCCGGCUCUGCUGUUGUGCAGACAUGAAGAGCAACAACAGCCUGAAUCCUGUCUAUUUCCAGUUGACUCUGUUUGCAGAUUAUGGGUCCCUCAGAUAUCUGUUCUUCAGUCUGUGUCUGUUGGUCUACAUGACUAUAAUCUCUGCUAACGUUGUCAUUAUUCUGACAGUCUGCCAGGAGAAGUCUCUGCAUCAGCCCAUGUACAUCUUUAUCUCCUUUCUGUCUUUAAACUCUCUGUACGGCACAGCCGGCUUCUUCCCCAGGUUUCUGAUGGACAUUCUGUCUGACACUCAUUUCAUCUCACGUGCAUCUUGUUUCAUCCAGAUAUAUGUUAUUUACACGUAUAUAGGACACGAGCUAACUCUUCUCAGCGUCAUGGCCUAUGAUAGAUUGGUUGCUAUUUGCCAGCCUUUACAUUAUCACAGUAAAAUGAACUUUAGGAUGGUGAGGAAUCUUAUCAUUUUUGCUGUGGUCUACCCUGCAGUUGUUGUUGUUUUCUGUGUGUUUCUGGCCAGCUGGCUUCCUUUAUGUGGAAAUAAACUGCACAGGCUUUUUUGCACCAACUGGCCUGUGGUUCAGCUCUCCUGUGUGGACACAACUGUGAACAGCUUAGCAGGCCGAGUUCUUUCUGUGUUAUCAGUCUUCAUCCCCCUGUUCUUUGUCUUGUACACCUACCUGCGCAUUCUGCUGGUUUGCAGGAGAAGUUCGUCUGAAUUCAGAGGAAAGGCGUUAAAAACCUGCCUGCCUCACAUUGUGACAUUUGUGACCUACUGCAUCUCAGUGUUCUGUGAGCUUUCACUGAGUCGUUAUAAGGUGGAUGAAGCAAAUCCAUUUGUAACAGUUGUUUUAUCUCUGGAGUUUUUGAUCAUUCCUCCCAUCAAUAAUCCUCUAGUUUACGGCCUGAAUCUGCCUCAGAUCAGAGGAGUGAUUUUUAGAUUUUUUAAGAUACACAAAAUGGGUUCUAUUGCUUAGAAACAUGCUUCAGUUUUUACAUGUAUCUGUACAAAUUCUGCAUAUUUCAUUCUUUUAAGGCUAUUAUGGAUGUAUAUGGAAAACAUAUUAUCAAAAUACAACACCCUGCACUAAACCUAUAUUAAUAUUCCACAGGUUGUACAUGUGUGCUCCAAUUUUAGACAUCAUAAAAUACAUCUAACUUUGUGUGAUUGUGUAACUCAACCUAGCUCAAAUGUUUAUUCUUCUGUAUGGAUCUCUUCUGUUCACAUUUCUGGCUAACAGCACGUGGUGUAUGUAAUAUCACACAUCUGGAAUGAGAAAUAAAACAAAAAGAAAUAGA